AUGCCCUUCAAAAAUGGCCUCAGCGAGCGCCUCGACGAGCUGCGCUUCCCCUCGCCGCGCUCUCCUCCCGCCGAUGCUCCCUUUGCCGCAUACACGCCGCUGUCCCCUCAGGGCAACCUGAUGUCCGCCUUGCAACGGCCCUCGCCCGACGUCCGCGCCAAUCUACAACGUCGUUUUACCACCGACGCCGCCAGUAAGCUGUCGUCAUGGACCUUUGUCAACCAGCAGCAGCCUGCCCAAUCAGCCGAGUCCAUAGAUAUGGUGUCCUCGGCGACCCAUAUCCACAAGUCCCAGCUAUUCGAGAAGAAGCGCCAGCACAUCGAGUACAUGCGGGAGCAAAAGAAACGAUUCGAGGCGGAUAUGAAGCUGCUGGAUCUCCAGCAUGAAAAGGAGAAGCUGGAAAUGGACCAGUUGGCGCGUGAUCUUGCCCAUGCGGGUCUCUCUGGCCCUGUCAGUGAGCCCACAACGCCCCCAGAGCACCGCGAUACUAGCUUCCCAGCUGCCUUCUCGCGGCCCGGUCGCUUCUCGACCUCCAGCGUCACUUCUUCACCGGGCAUUUUCAACAUCUUCUCUCCCUCUUCCGUGACUUCUCCACCGUCCACUUCGCACACCAGAAACGGGACGGCCUCCACCUCCAACCACCGCUUUUCUGUCCAAUCAGUUCCUGGCUCUCGCAGGAACUCUGAGGAAGACGAAUAUUUCCCGGAGACUACUUCAGCUUUUCGAUCUGGUCCAUCUAUUCAUCGCUAUUCUAUGCCCACUACAAGUCUUGCUUCUCAACUGAGGUCCACAACUGCUACUUACAAUAACUCCACCUUGGAGCCUUUCAACGCUGCCAAGCUACUCUUCGGUGACGAGGGUAAAGGGCCAAAAGACGAGGAUCGUCUUCCCACCCCUGAUAUCAAGAGCUAUCUUAGGAUGACCGAUCCUGACGACAAAUUCCCCACUCUUUCCCACAACUCAGGUCUGCUCUCGGCAAACUCUGAUGCACUUGAUCUAGCAAAUUCUCGUACCCCUGAACCGUGGAACACCCAUAACCGUUAUCGUUCCAUGCCACAGGGUGACCUCAGCAUGUUUCGCUCAGAUCAUUUGGAUGGCCCCUCGCCCACUGAAGUGAAUCACCACACGCGCCAUGCUGCACGCCAUUCUGUUGAGUUGAAUCUGUUCCUCGGAAAGCAAGAACCCAGCACCCCCGCUCAGCCCUCAACUCGGCCUGUUUCGUUGCAGUCGUCCUACUCGACCAAUGACCUGCCUACGAUGAAGGCCAAUGGAGGUAAUGCUGUUACACCGCCAAAAUCGCAUGCUGAUCACUUCCAUCACCACAACGCAAGUUUGGGCCGCAUCCCACCUGGCGCGACAACCAGCCGUUCGGCCAAAGAAUCCCCUGAACGCGAGGAGUCCGUAAUGGCUACUAACGGGGGCGGGCCCCAGUCUGGCCUUCAAGCAACAGCUGCUCCUUUUGGGCCUCAGCUGUCUGCGGUCAAUGGACCAGGUCUUACCGGCCCUGCUGCUCCUAAUCCCAUGCAAGGAUUUCAAGGUCAAUUCCUUCCGUUCCCGGUACAGCCUUACAUGAACAAUGGAAUUCCCGCCAACGGUGGUGGUGUCCAGAGCUUUAACACCCAGGCUCCUUAUCCAGGAUUUGGUCAAAAUGGUGCCUUCCAAUUCUCCAGGGUCCCCGCGCGCCCUGUGAAUGCACCCGCUCAUCGUAAUGGGGAAACUGAUGCCCAGCAAGUUUCUCGUUUUGCCAAUCUCCCUCUUGAACAGUACCGUGGUGAUCUGUAUGGCUUGUGCAAGGAUCAGCACGGAUGUCGCUAUCUUCAGCGAAAGCUCGAGGAGCGCAACCCUGAGCAUGUUCAAAUGAUUUUUGCUGAAACAUGUAUGCACGUGGUUGAGUUGAUGACAGACCCGUUUGGCAACUACCUCUGCCAAAAGCUCCUCGAAUACUCGAACGAUGAUCAGCGCACUCGUCUGAUCCAUAACGCUACCCCGCAACUGGUCCCAAUCGCUCUCAAUCAGCAUGGCACCCGUGCCCUCCAGAAGAUGAUUGAAUUUGUAUCCACCACUCAACAGAUCCAGAUGGUCAUUGACGCGUUGCGUGGCCACGUAGUGGACCUUGUUCAAGAUCUCAAUGGCAACCACGUGAUUCAAAAAUGCCUUAACCGCCUAUCAGCAGAAGAUGCACAAUUCAUCUAUGAUGCUGUCGGGUCACAGUGUGUAGUCGUAGGCACACAUCGCCAUGGAUGCUGUGUGCUACAACGCUGCAUCGACCAUGCAUCAGGAGACCAACGUGCGCGUUUGAUUGCUCAGAUUACGUCAAAUGCGUUCUCACUUGUACAAGACCCCUUUGGGAACUACGUCGUACAGUACAUUUUGGAUCUCUCUGAACCGCACUUCACCGACCCCCUUUGUCAGACAUUUUUGGGGAACAUCCCAGCUCUUUCCAAGCAAAAGUUCAGUUCUAAUGUCAUCGAAAAAUGCUUGCGGACAGCGGAGCCUCCCAUGCGUCGUCGCAUGGUUGAGGAACUUCUUGUUCCCCGUGAGCUCGAGGCAAUGCUACGUGAUUCAUUUGCAAACUAUGUCGUUCAGACUGCAAUGGAUUUCGUCGAUGCCGAUACUCGGACCCGUCUCAUGGAUGUUAUUCGUCCUAUUCUGCCGUCUAUUCGCCAAACUCCACAUGGCCGCCGUAUUGCCGGCAAAAUGGCAGGGGCCGAGUCCUCUGGUCGCACCAGCGGCAAUCCAAGCGGCCAGGCGACUCCGAAUGACAUGACUUCUGGCCAGCUGCCUGUGUCGAUGCAAGUGCCACCAAAGCCAUUCCUCCAGGGCCAUAACUCAUUCAGCGGGAAUGGGAACGUGACCCAGCAGUUUGGUGCUCAACCAAUUUCGCCUCCGAAUGCUUUUGGUGUCUCAGCCAAUGUCCCAGGUGAAGUUGGGACUUUUGCUCCAACCCACGGUCUUCCCCAGGGACAGGCUUUUGGCGGCAAUUCUUUCUACUGA